AUGCCCCAGCGCGACUCCAGCGCGGUUACCACGAGAGGCAUUCCAGGAUUGCUGACUCGCCUAACCCUUGAAGGUCCUGAACUGUCAAACUCAACUUCCGUGGUGCCACCGCUUCUUCGUCUCCCUAAACAUAUUCGACGGCGCAUCUAUGGGUACCUCGGACUGGUAUCAUGGGACGGUAUCCCGCACCGCUGCGACCUCAGCAGGUGGGAUUUUUCGUAUCCUUGGUUUGAUUCCUACAAUCGGCCUUGGAUCCCCAUGGAGAGUGGCGCCAACGUCCAUGCCCUGCUCCUGUCUUGCCGCCUCAUAUACGCCGAGGCCGCAGCGCUUAUCUACUCGCUCAAUCCGUUUGUCAUCUACUUCUCCCAGCCCUCCGGUUACCCGCUACCGCCAGAUCUUGAGGAGGCCGGCCUGAGAGCGCUUCACGCUCUAACUGCCGUCCCCCUCCAUUUUCUAUCUAGUCUAAAGAUUAUCUUGAACCAGGCGAGUUGCCACCAGUCCGCUGGCCUCGGUAGCACUACAACGUGUUGCUUCGCAGGUAAUUUGGCCGAUAGCGAGUCCGGGAGAGCCCGGUGCGUGCAGGAGCACGCCGGCGCCCACCAGCCCCCUCUCCUCGGCCAGUACCAGGAGACUACGUCGGCAGAUUCAGUUGAGGCAUCGGACUAUUCGGAAAUGAUCGUGCAAAAAUGGCACUCGGCCGCAGAACACAUCUUCUCCCAGACGGUAGCAGGCCGCCUUGCCCUGUACUUAGUUUGCGAUAUCGAACCCUCGCACCCACACGGGUUAGACCUCGCUCGGGCUAUCGUGGCGCCCAUCCUCACUUUACCCCCUUCAUACCUCCGGGAAUGUCACAUUCGGCUGGCCCAAGCCCCCGACAGCCGCUUCCAGCAACUGGCCCAGAAUGCCGCCUGUCACGCCUCGGGUAUUCCAAUGCCAUCGUCGUACGAUCCGCUCGGUAAUAACCCAGCUGCCACUACCCUAGCCACUCUGCCCUGCGAACUCCGCAUUCGCAUCCUAGAGUACACCGACCUCGUCACGCCUCGAAGACAGGUGUUCUGGAGCCGCCAAGAUCGCGCUUUUGGUACCAUUUCCGUGACACGGAAUAACGCGUUCUACGCCCGCGUGGAAAACCAGGAUCAGUACACGUACACAGAGGACUUUUCCUACUGCCGGUAUAAGGACCACGACCCUCCCCACGGUUGUUUCUGUGGCCGUCGGCACUCGGCGUAUACACCACGCUGCAAUUGUUGGGCCCCGCCUGGCCCGGAUCUGUUUCUCAUCAACCGCGCCCUGUGUGAAGAUGCUCGGUUCGUCUUCUUUUCCAAGAACCGCUUUGUGAUCCACGAUCAUCACCCCUUUCUAAACCGCUUUCCUCUUCCUCAAGAGGAGGAGCACCCGGCUUACCCCUACCCCCGGCUCGCCAUCUCUGAGUUCCUACGUGAUGUCGUGCCCCCUUCAGCCCUCCGAUACCUCCGUCUUCUCCAUGUCGUCUACCCCGCCUACCACCCCCGUGCCUGGCCCGGCGGCAAAGACCACCCCGCUAUACAGGAUUGGCAGUCCACGAUAAAUUGGCUGGUUGAAUACGACCUCCUCACGUUACCAGCCCUCACCCUGCGGCUAGUAACAACAGCCCCAGUGAGCCAAUGGGCGACCUACCGGGCCAUUUCGCCCCAGGAGCGAGAAACCAUCCUGGAAGCCUACCUGGAUCUCAUCCGGCCGCUGAAACAGCUCGCGCAGGGUGGCUUGGCUGGGUUCUACGCUGAGCUCUCGGACGAAUUGAGGUGGGACGAAUCGCGGGGGUUGUUUGUCCUGCUUGAGGACGCGGAAGAAGCUGGAAUACCUGGCACUGCUGUACACGAGGGUGAGGCGGCGCUCAAGGAACGCGCUGAGAAAUGGGUCAUGGGCGAUCGUUACGAGAACCUUUAUGCGGUUGGGAAGAAGGAGCCGAGAGUGAGCGACUGGGAGCUGUAUUGCUACUAUUAUAGACUGUCUUUUGGCCUCUGGUGGGGGGCCGUGACGGGAUAA